AUGUACGCCCACCUCAACAACACCGUCUACGCCAUGCUCUUCGACUCGAUCGUCAACAGCUGGCUCAUCGCCGAGUGCGGCAUGGAUCCGUUCAGCAUGAACAAGACCGCCAGCACCGCCAGUGACAUCUCGCAGCAGGUCGGGAUCAUGGUCAACUCGUACUGCGACUAUUUCUCCUCGGUCUCGUACCCGGAUGUGCUGGAUGUGGGGCUGCGGGUUGUGAAGCUGGGUUCGUCGAGUGUGACGUAUGAGGUUGGGGUGUUUAGGCGCGGGGAGGAGGAUGUCAAGGUUGUUGGCGGGUAUACGCAUGUGUUUUCUAAACAGACUCAUCUCUUCCCUGAGCAGGAGCAGAUGCGCCAUUUGACCUUCCUUUCAGCUCCUGCUAGUGUGCCCUAG